AAAAAGGUAAAGUUAAAAAAAAAAAAAAAAAAAAAAAAAAAAAGUACCCCAAAAUAAAAAAGGAAAAAAGAUAUAUUUAAAGAAUUUUUAGUUCCAAUUUUAUAGGAGAAGAAAUUGUGUACUCAUUUUACAGUUUAGUUGGUUUGCUUUGUAUUUUUUUUAUUUUUGGGAAAUGGCAAAUUCAGUGGAGAAAAAUGAAAUUGUGUCAAUUGAACUUCCAGCUCCUAAUGGUUGGAACAUCUUUUUAAAAUUUUUGCCUAAAAAAGGAGGUACUCCAAAGAAGAAUGAAAUCAUAUUUACUGCACCAACAGGGGAGGAGAUCACCACAAGAAAACAGUUGGAACAGUACCUGAAGUCGCACCCUGGUGGUCCGCCAGUAGCAGAGUUUGAUUGGGGAACUGGUGAAACUCCAAGAAGAUCCGCAAGAAUCACUGAAAAGGUAAAGGCAACUCAAUCUCCAGCAGGAAGUGAGCCUGCAAAGAAACGAAGCCGAAAGUCCUCAGCUUCAAAGAAGGAUUCCAAAGAAGUUACUGAAGAAAUUGACGCAGCAAAGGAUGAUGACAUCGAAGAAACUGAAAAGCACGAGAAGGAUACUGCAGCGAUGGAAGCUGAAAAGGAUGUCGAACAAAAACAAGAUGGAAAGAGUGAAGAGGAGAAGAAAGAGGAAGCUGAAGCUACUGAGAAGGAUGUACAGAAGAAAAAUGAAAGCGAAAAUGCCGAUGGCAAAGUAGAAGAUGCUCCUUCUGAAGAAGCUCAGGUUGAGAAAGAUGUUGAGAUGGCUGAUAACGUCGGACAUACGGACGAUGUUGAAAAGGCCCCUGCUGAUAAAGCAGCUGACGGUCCUGUAGCUACUAAAAAUAACGACGAGGAAAUAGACAUAAACGUUCAAGAAGUAGAAAACACAGCUAAAUCUACUGAAGAAGCUCAGAUUGAGAAAGAUGUUAAAAUGACUGAUAACAUUGGACAUCCCGACGAUGUUGAGGAAGCCCCUGCUGAUAAAGCAGCGGAUGGUCCUGAAGCAACUAAAAAUAAUGAGGAGGAAAAGAAUGUACAGGUUCAAGAAGUAGAAAACAUACCUACUGAAGAAGCUCAAGUUGAGAAAGAUGUCAAAAUGGCUGAUAACGAUGUUGAAGCGGCCCCUGCUGAUAAAGCAGCUGAUGGUUCUGAAGCUACUAAAAAUAACGAGGAGGAAAAGGCCGUACCGGUUCAAGUAGUAGAAAAGAUACCUACUGAAGAAACUCAUGUUGAGAAAGAUGUCAAAAUGGCUGAUAACGUCAGACAUCCCAACGACGUUGAAGAUGCUCCUGCUGAUAAAGCAGCGGAGGAAAAGGAUGUACAGGUUCAAGGAGUAGAAAACAUACCUACUGAAGCUGAAAGAUUAGAUUCUAGCGUUGCUGAGGAAAAGAAGCAUCAAGGGGAAGGAGAACAGAAAGAUGAACAGAAAACUAGUGCUGCAGCAAAGAGUACUGAAGAUCAAGUUAAUUUGAAGAACAUUGAAAUAAGUAAGGUGGAGGGAGAAGUAACUGAGAACGGAAGCAAGGCUAAUGAGGCCAAGCCUUGAGCAGCCGCUGAGUUGGCUCUCUAAAUCUAACCUUUUGCUCUUUUUGCUUCAUUUGGAUGACUGUAGUGUUGUUGUUAAUUGUACACUCUGAUUGUUCACGAGAAACUUCUGUAUGCAAAAUCAUAGAUUUAGGUCCUAAAUAUUUGCUCUCGUAGGAUUUAUCGCCUACAGAGAUCUUUGUACCAUUAUUACUCUUUUGUCAUAGAAUUAGACCGUCAGCAGAGACACUAGUUAUGCUGAGGUGAUGUGUAGUUGUCCAGAUCUGCAGAGCUUGUCUAGAACUCUGUCAUGUAAGCUUAUAAAAAGCCUUUGUGUUUGGCGAAUACGAGUUACUGCAGUUUCUCCA